UGAUGGAGAGAUGGACACUACUUAAGCCACCCUGGAGCGUUCACUGCCACGCUAGGACUGAAGCACACAGGCUUGCAUUCAAGAUGCCAAACUGGGGUGGAGGUGCCAGUUGUGCCGCCUGUGAGAAGACGGUGUACCAUGCAGAGGAGAUGCAGUGUAAUGGGAGGAGCUUCCACAAGACCUGCUUCAUCUGCAUGAGCUGCAGAAAAGGGCUGGACAGCACCACGGUGGCGGCGCACGAGUCUGAGAUUUACUGCAAGUCCUGUUACGGCAAGAAAUAUGGGCCAAAAGGCUACGGAUACGGGCAAGGAGCUGGAGCUCUGAGCUCUGAUCCUCCUGGACCCAACGCAGACCUGCAGCCUCAAGACUCUAAACCACAACCAGCUUCUUCAAACUCAAGCACCAAUAAAUUUUCCCAGAAGUUUGGAGGUUCAGAUCGCUGCCCUCGCUGCUCCAAAGCCGUCUACGCAGCCGAGAAGGUGAUGGGAGCCGGGAAGCCCUGGCAUAAGACCUGUUUCCGCUGUGCUCUGUGUGGUAAAAGCCUGGAGUCGACCACCGUGACAGACAAGGAUGGAGAGCUUUACUGUAAAGUCUGCUACGCCAAAAACUUCGGGCCUAAGGGGUUUGGGCUGGGGAACGCCGCCAUGUUGGAGGAGAGACAGUGAACAGUCGUGGUCUUGAAAAACUCACACUCGCUGUGUCACAUGGAAGCUGUUUCCAUGGAGACUCAGCCUUUAACUUUACACUAGAUGAUGUUUGUAAUGCAUGAUAGACACCGUGUUGGGGGGGCAGGUACAAUAACAGCAAUGUUUUUGGAUCACUAUUAUCUUGAUAAUUGGGGAAAAUAUUGCCUAAUACUUACAAUUGUUAAUUCUGAGUAUACAAUUAAAUAAUUUUCUUAUCUUGAAAUGUAACAUGAAUGGAGCUUAUUUACCAAAAAUGACAUUUUUAUAAAUAAAGGUAGAGUCUGAGGUC